GAUGCUCUGGCCCACUAGGAAUAGAAGGAGGAAUUGUGUCAAACCAACAAAUCACUGCAUCAUCCACUCAUCGGGCUCUUUUCGGACUCCAGAAGUGGUACCCAUACUAUGCAAGGCUUAAUAAGAAGGGUCUUGUGAAUGCUUGGACUGCUGCAGAAAAUGACAGAUGGCCGUGGAUUCAGAUAAACCUUCAGAAGAAGAUGAGAGUCACUGGAGUUAUAACUCAAGGUGCCAAGAGGAUUGGAAGUCCAGAAUAUGUAAAAUCUUACAAAAUUGCAUACAGUAAUGAUGGGAAGUCGUGGACAAUGUACAAAGUAAAAGGCACAAAUGAAGAUAUGGUGUUCCGUGGCAAUGUGGACAACAACACUCCAUAUGCCAACUCCUUCACCCCUCCUAUCAAGUCACAGUACAUACGGCUGUAUCCUCAGGUGUGCAGAAGGCACUGCACAUUGCGAAUGGAACUUCUGGGCUGUGAGCUGUCAGGUUGCUCUGAACCCCUGGGGAUGAAAUCAGGGCAUAUACAGGACUACCAAAUUAGCGCUUCCAGUGUUUUCCGUACACUCAACAUGGACAUGUUCACUUGGGAGCCCAGGAAAGCACGGCUGGACAAGCAAGGCAAAGUUAAUGCCUGGACCUCUGGCCACAGUGACCAGUCACAGUGGUUGCAGGUUGACCUGCUUGCCCCUACAAAAAUCACUGGCAUAAUUACCCAAGGAGCUAAAGAUUUUGGUCACGUCCAAUUUGUGGGGUCCUACAAGCUUGCUUACAGUAAUGAUGGGGAGAACUGGAUCGUAUACCAAGAUGACAAACAAAAGAAGGAUAAGGUGUUCCAGGGAAAUUUUGACAACGACACACACCGUAAGAACGUCAUCGACCCUCCAAUCUAUGCCCGGCACAUCCGCAUCCUUCCGUGGUCAUGGUACGGCAGGAUCACCCUGCGGUCAGAGCUGCUGGGCUGCACAGCGGAGGACUGAGGCAGACCUCUGCAUCUCUCGGUGUAGCUCAAGUCCCUUCGCAGAAGAAACUCUGCAAAGCCUGUAGGAUGCUGAGUGGGUUUUUCAUGAACAAGUGCACAUUUUAUGGUAGGCUGCUAACUGUCUUUCGCAAGGAGGUCUAAGCCUGCUCUUUAAAUGAUCCAAUCCAAUUUUGUCCUUGAAAUAUGUUAGUGUUGUCCCUUCUGCUGUGGAAUUAUCCUUCUAGUUCUCCUUUGAGUUGUUCUGACUAGUUGAAGCGUUUUAAGGACAAACAGCAGCAUCCUUUUUACAAGGGAAGAGAAAUAGCAUGACAAAGCUCAUUUGCAGCUUUAGAAUCAUUGGGCUGACAAGUUCUCCAUAAAUCAUACUGUCAUCUUACUUGCAAAAAGUGAUACUGCAGCUUUUAGCAAUAAGUUUACUUGGGGAUGACUGCGUUAUAGUAAUUGUGCCUAUCAAACACUGUUGGUAUUUAUGACAUAUAUUUGGAAGGUAUUCUGUGGUACUGUAAAACAUAGUACCUGUGAUAUUACAAGGUAGCUUUCAUUACUUUCAUCUGAACAGAGUCUGUGUACCUAAAGGAUUUUCCUGACUAACCCCCUGUUUCGUCUCUGUUUUGCAUGCUUAUAGACAUGACCUCCACCUUUUUUGUUUUGUAACACCACACUGAUAUUAUUUUUCCUUGAAAGAGGUGAACUGUUUGCAUAUGGAAAAAAAUAAUCUGCUUAUCAGUAUAUUAUGAAGUUAACGGAUUUGCCAAAGUUUAUUAAUUCUGCUUGAGGUGCAUUUUUUGAAGGAGGCUGAAAUGAGACACCAGGGAACUAGUGGUAUCUCAUCUGAAGUACCCACACUUAACCCACCUUUGUAAAGGCACUCAGAACACCAGAAUUCCUGAGCCUGUUUCCUGACUUGCCCAGGGUUAAGCACACAACCAUAGACAGACCUGCUUGCCCAAUUACUUUUUUCAGAAACCUCCUCAGUUUCUGUGAGGAGGUGAACAUGAAGCAAGCAGGUACUAAAAGACACACAGGAGGAAUCACACCCUUAACUGCCAGGAAGCCCUCUCUGGGGGUUCUUAUGGUGGUGCCCCCAGCCUUCUUCCUAGGCAUGAAGGCAAGAGGUGCCAUAGGAGUUCAUCAAAGCUGGGCACUCAUCACCCUUCACUCCCAACUACAUCUCUUAAUACAUAUGCCAGUGAGCCACAAAAGGGUUGAUUUUUACCAUGUCUCAUCUACAGAAAUGCUUUAUACAUGCUAUGUGUUUGGCUAUGUGCUUAUGCUAGCCAGCAUUGGACCCCAGCUUAAGAAGUAGGUUUUAGUAGGAAAAAUGGAGCAG